GGAUGCUUUGUAUCUGGAGAGGCGCUCCUGAUUGGCCUGAGGGGCCCCCCAGCUCCGGGGAGUUGUCCUCCAUUCAGCCCACUCGAGGGUUGCACAACUGCUUCCAGCCGGACGGAGCUCAGCCGGCUGCGCCGGGGCCUGUCCCAGGUCUGCAGUGGGGAAACUGCCGGGCCGCGUUGGCUGGGCCCUGGCCGCACCUUCGGUCAGCUUGGUGCCCUUCCUUGGAGCUGCCGGCCACCAGCAGAGCCCACCCUCUUCAUGGAAAGCCUCGUGCAGUGGCCCCCUGGUGAUGGCAUCCGACAGUGAUGUGAAGAUGCUGCUGAACUUCGUUAACCUGGCGUCCAGCGACAUCAAGGCAGCCCUGGACAAGUCGGCGCCCUGCCGCCGCUCCGUGGACCAUCGCAAGUACCUGCAGAAGCAGCUCAAGCGCUUCUCCCAGAAGUAUUCCCGGCUCCCGCGGGGACUUCCGGGCAGAGCCGCUGAGCCCUACCUGAAAAGGGGGUCUGAGGACCGGCCCGGGAGGCUGCUUCUUGAUUUGGGCCCUGAUUCCAGCCCCGGCGGGGGUGGGGGCUGCAAGGAGAAGGCGCCGAGGAACCCCUACAGGGAGGAAUGUCUUGCUAAGGAGCAGCUCCCACAGGGGCAGCAUCCAGAAGCUGCCCAGCCUGGCCAGGUGCCCAUGAGGAAAAGACAGCUACCUGCUUCCUUCUGGGAAGAGCCGAGGCCCACCCACAGCUACCAUGUGGGGCUGGAGGGGGGACUGGGCCCCAGGGAGGGACCUCCCUACGAGGGUAAGAAAAAUUGCAAGGGCUUGGAGCCCCUGGGGCCUGAGAUUGUCCCAGUGCCCAUGUCUCCAAGGGCCCUGGCUGAAAAGGAGCCACUCAAGAUGCCUGGGGUCUCCCUGGUGGGCCGUGUCAAUGCCUGGAGUUGCUGCCCCUUCCAGUACCAUGGACAGCCCAUCUACCCGGGCCCUCUAGGGGCCCUGCCUCAGAGUCCUGUCCCCAGCCUGGGCCUGUGGAAGAAGAGUCCAGCCUUUCCCGGGGAGCUGGCGCACCUCUGCAAGGAUGCAGACGGCCUGGGGCAGAAGGUGUGCAGGCCUGUGGUGCUGAAACCCAUUCCGACCAAGCCGGCCGUGCCCCCACCCAUCUUCAAUGUCUUUGGCUACCUCUAGCCGGGCCGAGAGGGCCUCAGCCCCCACUCUGGCCUGCAGGAGUGUCAAGGUCCCCGAGGUGCUCUCCUGUGAGGAGGUGGCUGGGCCACAGUGGGGCCUCUUCCAUUUGUGUGCGUAUGGGAGUGGAGGGCAGGAUUGGGGCAGGGCUCCUCAAGCAGUCACCCUUCAGUCUUGCAGCCUUGGAAGCUGGGGGGCUGGUUGGCCCCUCCCCAAGCAGGCCAGGGCCCAACAGCUUGCCCGCUGUCCCUGUGCAGACCAUGGGUGCUAGGAUGUUGCCCUUGCUUGCAGACACCCUGGAAGCCAGAGUGACACGUCUGUUCACCUGCCACCCACUCUGCAAGCCAAUCUCAGUUGUUGUUGUUCUUGUUCUUUGUAAAUAUUGAGAAAGUUAAAAGAAUAAAGACAUUUCUUUUGGAGUUUCCAUA